AUGAUAAUUAUUUUACCUUUACGCUAUGCAAUUUUUUCUCAGGCUGAUGAGCUAGAAAGCCAAAUACGAGAUAUUUCGGAAAAAGAUGCGCAAUUAGAGACAAAAUUGGUCAAUGCACGAGAGCAAUGGAAAAAAUAUGAGAGAGCCUUAGCUAGUUCCAUGGAUAAGAAAACCAACAAUGGACUGAAUUCUGUGAAACGCAUCACCGAACAGUUUAGGAUUGAAGGUGUUUAUGGACCACUUUACGAAUUGUUUGAAUGUGCAAAUAAUUCUAUGUGGACAGCAGUAGAAGUCACUGCUGGACAAAGGUUUGAAAUUAUCUUUGUUGAUACAGAUGACACAGCUACUAGAAUUUUAGAUGCUCUCAAUCGUGAACAAAAUGGGCGUGUAACCUUUGUGCCGUUAAAUCGUUUGAGAACUAAGAAUUAUGAAUACCCUGAAUCUGAAGAUUUUUUACCCAUGGUCAAUGUUGUCGAAUUUGAUAAAGCGUAUACAAAAGCAAUAGUACAAGUGUUUGGUCGUACUAUAAUUUGCAAUGACUUGGAAACGGCAUCUAAGUUAUCUCGAGAAUACGAUUUGAAUGGCAUUACAUUGGAUGAUCAACAAAUCACACAAAAAUUGAAUGCAAUACAGAAUGUUGAGGCUAAAAGACGACAAGCUCAAGAUAGUCGCGAUCCUCUUAUGUUCGAAUUGAAUUCAAAAAUAAAGGAGGAGGCAAAUUUGAGAGAGUCAAAAAGCAACAAAGAAAAAUCAUUGUUGAAUAUUCAAAGCAGUAUUAAGAUGUUAAAUGCACAAAAGCAAGCUCAUCAAGCAGAAAUGAGUACUGAACUAGCCCAAAAUCUAACUCUACAAGAGCAACAGCGACUUGAAAGGUUGAAUGUUGAAGUUGAGCAGUUGAGUGAAAAAUUAUACAAGCUGUCGACAUCAAGAUCUGAGCUUGAGGGACGGAAAAAUGUAUUGGAGAAUGAAUUGGAUGCGAAUUUGAAAAGGCGCUACGAAGAGUUAUUAAUUCAAAUUGAUAGCCUAACUACAAGCGAAGAUGAUCAAAUCCGCAACAGCAAAAAUGAAGCCGAGGAACUCAUUAACGAAAUGUCUAAUCGGUCGAAAGAAAUCGAGAUAGAAUUGCAAGACCUCUCGACGGAGCUAAGUCAGAAGACUUCUAAAUCCGAAGCAUUAAAAACUGAACAAAGCAAUCGGCAGCAAAAGUUGGAGCGGCAGCAAAAGAAUGUCGACAAAUUUCUUUCAAAAAGGAAAUUAUUGUUACAGAAGAAGGAUGAAUGCACUAAAAAUAUUCGUGAACUUGGUGCACUACCAGAGGAGGCGUUUGAAAAGCAUAAAAAUACAGACCCUACAAAGGCUAUAAAUGAUCUAAUAACCGUAUUAGAUCAGCGUAAGGAUGAAGCAAUUGAACGUACUUUCAAACAGGUAGCGAAGUAUUUUGCCGAAAUAUUUGAAAAACUGGUACCUGCCGGACGAGGGCAAUUAAUAAUGCAAAAAAGAAAUGCCAAGGAACAAAUGGAAGAUGUCGAUGAACGGGAAGAACGUGAAGGUGGAUCUGUAGAUAGCUAUACUGGUGUUGCAAUCAAGGUCUCGUUUAACAGUAAAACAGACGAAGGCCUUCGUAUGCAACAACUGUCUGGUGGACAAAAAUCUUUGGUUGCGCUCACCCUAAUAUUUGCAAUACAACGAUGCGAUCCAGCGCCUUUUUAUUUAUUUGAUGAGAUUGAUGCUGCGCUUGACGCACAAUAUCGUACUGCUGUUGCAUGUAUGUAA